AUGGCGGACGAGACACCCACGCAGGGUAGCAGCAAUAGAAGGCGCUACAAACCACUGACACCGAGUCCGAGCCCGCAACCUGCGCCUGCUACUACCGCAUCUCACCCCAUACCACCAGUCGCGACGUCUUCCGAUCUCCCAGCGGGCCCACAACUGCUGCCGCUCAACCGUUCCAUGCCCAAAGGCGGAUAUUUGGAUUUGUCUGGGUCACUUCUCUACCCCAUGGCGGACCCGCUGAUCCAAUUCAACAUACCGGAGGCGUCGAGCUCCUCGGCAACAACAUGGGACCAUACCACCUUUCUUGUCAAAACCCCAGCACCCUACCAGAACCUUGUGUUGCCGGAAGAUGAUCUCAACAUUGAUCUUGGCGAAGACGACCCAAUUGACACUGUCGAAACUGGUGGCGAUCUAGGUGUAAAGAGAAAGAGACAAGAUGACGACGAGGAUGGAGACCAGAGCUUCGAUGAGGCGAUGGGCAAAAAGACCAUGGAAGGGGACAACACAGAUGAUAAGGAUGAAGAUGUUGGUACGAGCAAUGAGAUGGGCGGUAUAUGUGAAGAGAAAUCCCGGCGAGAUAUUAUGGAAGAAGGCACAAAGGAAGUAGUAGGAGCCAACAAUACAGACGGUCAGAAAGAGGUCGAUGGUCUACUACUCCAGGCGCUAGAUGAGAUGGUGGAAGAACCGGACAAGGCAGUGGCCGACGAGGGAGGAGCUGCGGAGUCGCCUCUGAAAGGACCGGGAACACUUCUCGACCCACGUCGCUGCCCAGAGGCUGCUGGGAGUUGCUCCAAUGUCGACGCAGGCAGGACAGCUACUACAGCGACCGUACCGGACGUGAUGCUUCCGAGCGUUCAUGUCAACGAGGUGAACAGCGGCGAGGCGAACCUUCGGGGUUUCCUCCAGGGAUGGCGCGAGGAGCUGGCAGAGGAGGUAAAAAGUACAACAGCUACCUCAUCCGCGCCGGCGAAGGAGGCGCCCUCGGCAUCGGGGGGUUCGGUUCGUGACAAUGGUCCUCGUGUGGGCUCUGCCAACCAAGGACCAAUGAUGAAGAAGGCUAAGAAGGAGUAA